ACCCAACACCACCCAAAAUCAUCGUUUACCUCCGUCCUCACACCUCACAAGCCGGUCGGUACACCUUCCGGCCUCCAUCACAUCCACAUCUCUGUACAUCUUCGAUUAGAUCUUUGUCGCCGUUGCUCAUCGUCAAGCAGCUCUAUCAAACCUCCACUGCCGUUGCUCCAUGUCGAAGAAGGAGAAGAAGAAUUGAAAAAGGGGAAAAAGAAUUGAAGAAGGAGAAGAAGAAUUGAAAAAAGGGGAAAAAGAAUUGAAGAAGGGGAAGGUAUAUAGAAAAGUGUCCGUUCAUUAUAGAAGCAACAGUAGAAGGUGGUAGGUUUGCAACAUUUUGGCUUCUCAUAUUUCACUUGUAUGUACGGAGUACCAUGGAGAAAAGCGGAAGAAGAAUACUUCGUAAAACUGAAGAUGGACCGGGUGACACAGAUUCAAGCCACAAGAACUCGAGGUCCAGGGAACAACCAGUUCUGACCAGACCUCCAUGCCGCUGGAUCGGCUCUCGCCAUCCAUGUUCCCAACCAUUGCCAGAGAUCGAUUCUAACGAGCUGGCGAUGAUAUAUUAGGUAGUUUGGAUUCGGUACUGUACAUCAGCUGCGUUCUGUCCGAGGACGGAAAGAGAAAACAAGAUGGAGGACUGUUCAAGAGGAGUGUGGAGUGUACGGUUCGGUGAAUAACAUCCAAGUGCAAUGAAGGUUUCUCUUUGAUGACGUUGAUACCUGAUCCAUUGGUUUUACCGAGAAACAUAAAAAAAUGUUUACCAAUAUUCUUGCCACUAAUACCAGGGGAGGUCUCACGACCACAAAAAGUCCAAAACCCGUAUACCUACAAAGCCAGGAAAGUUCAAGUAAUGUUUUACAUUUUUUUGUGGUUAAUGUUCAGGUUAGCAAUAUGCGUGAAAAAUGUCCUUCACUUCAUGUAUGGUGGUGCAUCUUUUGUGACAUACAAUCAGGAAUGCUUUCCUGUAAUUUAUUCUCUGCAUAAAUGAUGUGAAGAUAACAAUAGUUUGGUUAGUUAAUUAAAAAAUGUGAAUACAAUGUAGUAAUUAAAUAACGGCUAAUAUAUAUGGCCAAUAUCUGACUUCAUACAUCUAAUUUUCCAAGCACUCCAUUGGUAAUCAUUGUAAAAUUAUAUUUUUGAGGAGUCAGACUUAAGGUAUCUAAAAUUGAAAUAUUUCAUACAAAAGUAUAAUGCAUCUUUGAAAAAGAAAAUUAUGCCGUUGGAUUUAUUUCAUGAGAAUAUCUUAAAAAUGAACUAUGUAACUAAAACUUACCAUUUUGUACCAAUAUAUCUUUAAUAGUGGUGUAGGUACAUACAUAGUUGUGAAUGGCGCUCGCCAUUCUCGCCUAAGGCGCCUAUGGCUGUGUGGCGACCAUGUGACGCCAUCUUCAGACCUGGCAAGGCGUUUUACGCCAUUCUCGCCAAUGGCGGUCGCCAUGGACGCCAGACUCUGAGUCGAAAGGCGUUCGCCAUCUACGCCAGAUGCAGGUCAAGGGUUUUUUAAUUAAAAACUUUGACUUUUUUUUAAAAAAACGCGCUGACCUAUAUCUCGAUCGAAACACUUCAUCGAUUCAACUGCCUUGCCUCUGCCCUCUCGCCGUCGGUCGAAAUACUCCCCUGCCGACGCAGCCUCCUGCCCUCUCAAGUUCUCCUCAGCAAGCGCAGCCCCUCCUCUCUCUCCCGAGUCCGAACAGCGCACAUCUUCGCAGACUCAGAGCCGGCGCAAGUAAAGUCCAGACUCCACACUUCGCAGGUCACACUCAGACUUUUUUCUUUUCUACUUUUCUUAUUGUUUUUUUUUGAAUGACUAUGAAUCUUUUAAUGCCAUGUACAAUUUCCAGGACAUGACAAAACAACAGAGGAGUACUGUUUACUCGUGGGGUGCUUCCGAGGGCAGCACUUCUGAAAUGGUCACAGUUGAUGAUGAAUUUGGUCCAGUUACGACUUACAAGUGUUAAAUGGGCUCCCAACGGAAGGCAUGUUGCUGCUGACUUGAAUAAUUUUGAUGCCCAGUUGUGGGAUUCCACGAAUAACACAUUGAGCCUUGAUGUUUGCAUUCUAGCAUCUGCUGCAAGUGAUGAAACACUAAGAUUCUGGAAUGUUAUAAGAACCCCUGAAGUCAAAAAUAGGUAUAGAUUACUUGUUCAAGAUCUUUGUUUUUCACGAUAAUGUUGUCUCUAAACGAUGAUAUCAGCGGUGAGGACUCUAAUGCUGGCAGUAUUUCUGAGUAAUGACAGUAAUGAAAACACUGAGGGUGAUCAAACUGAAAGAAUUACACGCAUUCUAGGAUGCAUAUUUAAUAGAAUUCACUUCAAAAGAGGGAUCAUCCUUGCAGCAGGUUAUAAUACAUAAUAGCAGGAAAUGAUGACAUCUACAAGUACGUUGAACUCCAAGAUAAACAGCAACUUCAAAUCAAAGUGGAAUAACCUGUUGUUUUACUAUGAAAGCAUCAGGGAUACCAUGCAGAUUUACGUGGCUUAUUAUCUGCACCUGUCAUGAUGGGACCAUUUUAUUCAUUUGGUGGUCGUACGUCUUUACAUUAUCUUCUUUCAACGCUUCCAAUGUCCUCUAGACAACUAAAUAUAACUUUUGGAGCUCUUGGAGAAUCUCUUAAGGUCCGUCAUUGUUAUUUGUUGUCAUUUAAACCCUUUGCAUAAAUGGUUCAUGUGUUUUUCUUUAAGUUGGCUUUAAAAUAUUACAAAUGCACAAACUUUUUCCUUAUGUUGGUUUUAAAAUAUUAUAAAUGCACUUACUAAAAAACAGAAAAAACAAAAAUGAAACGUAAUCAAAACUCACUUCUUAUCUUUUUAAUUCAACUAAUGAAAGUCAUCAACCUCUUUUUCUCAAUACGAGAAAAUACAAAAUAGUGGCUUCUGAUAUGUAAUUUCUACAUACUGAUAAAUGAUGAUUGUAGCUAUAUACUGAUAAAACAUGAUCAGGCACUUAAACAUAUUCAAAUUUGAACAUAUCAUGUUCAGUUUUAACUCAUACCAGACCUUAUGAAGUUCACUUUGGUAAAUAAUUUCUGCUAUCACUA